UGCGAAAUCUCGCCCCACGCACAAAUCAUUCAAAAACUCCAUACAAACCACCUCUCCAUCUUUAGGUGACGAGAUACCGAACGAGACACCGCAAAGAUGAGACCUAUUCUUCUGUCAGGCCACGAACGUGCCUUGACUCAGAUUAAGUAUGUCUUUCCCCGCGAUACAGAUGGGAAUAAUGUCCCGCGACGAGAUCGUCAAGCUAAUCAUCCUGCCUCCCUCAGAUACAACCCCGACGGCGACCUUCUCUUCUCAGUAGCCAAGGACCAGCAGAUCUGUGUGUGGUUCUCGCACAAUGGCGAACGACUUGGAACGUACAAGGGCCACCAGGGAGCCAUCUGGACCGUAGAUGUGGACCCGACGUCGACUUUCAUAGCUAGCGGUAGCGCCGACAACACUAUCCGUUUGUGGGAGAUCAAGACCGGCCGUUGCCUCAAGACCUGGGAUUUUCCUACUGCCGUAAAGCGCGUUGAGUUCAGCGAUGAUGGCCGACAGCUGCUAGGUGUUACGGAGAAGCGCAUGGGUCAUCUUGGUACUAUUGUUGUUCUAGACAUCAUACCCGAAGUCGACGCGGAACAGAGCGACGAGCGCGCCUUAACCAUCGUUUGCGACGAGAGCAAAGCCACCGUUGCCGGUUGGAGUUACUUGAACAAGUACAUUAUCGCAGGACACGAGGAUGGCUCCGUUUCACAGUACGAUGCUAAGACCGGAGAUCAGCUCGACAACGUUCCUGUCCACGAACUUAACAUGCAAGUGACGGAUAUACAGUGGUCGCAAGAUCGCACCUACUUUAUUACAGCUUCUAAAGACAAGACCGCCCGACUGAUGGCCGCGCGCGAUCUCGAGCCCCUAAAGACCUACCCUUCCGACACGCCGCUCAACAGCGCAUGCAUUACUCCGAAGAAGGACUACGUCAUCCUGGGUGGUGGCCAGGCAGCCAUGGAUGUCACAACAACCGCGGCUCGCCAAGGAAAAUUCGAGGCGCGUUUCUACCACAAGAUAUUCGAGGACGAGAUCGGCCGUGUGAGAGGUCACUUCGGUCCUUUGAACACAGUAGCAGCGGAUCCCACGGGCAAGGGCUACGCGAGCGGCGGAGAAGACGGUUACGUACGAAUCCACCACUUCGACAAGGGUUACUUCGACUUCAAGUACGAGGUUGAGCGUGAACGCGAGAACCGGCUAUAGUAUAGCGGUCCCUCGGCCUUCACCCACAAAGUCCCAUCUUGAUGUUUCGCGCCAUAGCGAGAUAGAUAGAAACCCUAGAGAGAAAAGAUACCGGCGUUGUGUCUUCGUUUGAUUUUUAACUUCCGUUAUUUUUCCUCGCAGCCAUAACUUGCAUCCGGGAAAAAGGCUAAGGCGUUUAUGAGGGUCCAUCCAUCAACACUUUUGUUGUUCAAUUAGGCAGGAAAGAGAGAAGGAGAGACAACUCAGGGUUAGCUAGGUAGAGAUGAGCAAUCUUUUUUUGCUCAUAAUCGAUUUACCUGAUUUUGAGAAUGUAUAACUACAUUCCUAGAAUGAUGUGUUAUGAUUAUCUACUUAAUCAGU